UUUACUCUGUGGCGCUGUCUGUCAAGCAGAAACCUCUAGGUUGUGCUCUUGGGACCAGCUAGUGCACCGUUAGGUGUUCAUUGGAAUUUAAUCUCGAGGGAGAUCAUUAUACGAACUAACUAUGGCACAAGCGAAAAUCCACCAGGCUAAAAUGACUGAAGCCGCAAAUGGCAAAUUCAGCAGAUCAAUGUCUAUGGCAGAUCGCUCCGGACGACUACUUGAAAGUUUGGACCAGCUGGAAACAAGGGUGGAGGCUUUACGCGAAGCCGCAACUUCAAUGGAACAGGAGAGAGAGUGCUUACUUGAUAUGAUCCAGUCCAUAAAGAACAGUGAAGAAAUGCGCAGUAUUUGUGACGGAGAGAGAGAGGAGCUAUCUUUAACUGCUAACCGUCUUCUUGGUAGGACGCUGACAGUUGAAAUAUCAGUGGAAAUCAUUAGAAACUCCACACAGGAGGCUGCGUUACGCAAGGCUACCUCUUUGAUUGAUGAGCUUGCUGCAAAGUUGCUUGACGACAUGGGUGGGGCCAGAAAGUGCCUGAUGGCACUGCACGCUGCCUGUGUGACUGAGGCACCACCGGUUCCUAUCGAUACAAAAUUCCAGACGAUCGUCAUCACCUGCGCUCUGGAAGAUCAGAAAAAAAUCAAGAGGAGGCUGGAAACUCUGAUAAGGAACGUGGAUAAUGCUGAGAAGAAUAUCAAGAUAAUGGAUCAUCAGAAAGUGGAUGACUUAAACAGUGCCAAUGGCAAAUGAAGGCACUCAUGCUGAUUCAACCCCAAUAACAGCCCUAAUUAAUAGAAAGUCAUAAUACAUUGGGAGACCAAACUCCUCAUUACCAUACUAUUAUUUCUCAUAAUUAGUGAAAGAUAGCAUCCGCCCGUCUUCCUGUCAUGGCAUAAGGCAUAUGCAUAUCGUCCGUUCCAUAUCAUUUAAACCUGUAAAGUGCUUUGCCUUGAACAUUUGAAAAGCCCUUAUGACUUCCACUGUAUUCUACUACCACUAAUGUCACAUUCAAACCUUGUCACCAUAAAUAUUGCAUAUAAAAAAGUAUUACACAUCUUAACAUUA